GUCCUCGGGGCGCUUCUGGUCGGCGCCCCUUUUUCGGGGCGGAGUGGGCUCCGGCCCCCACUUUGUAACCUCAUUGCCUGGGGGCUGGAGGAGAGAUGCCUCUCUGCCCCUCGGGCACCUUCUUUCUGCCCCACCCUGGACCCCUUCCCCCCGGGUCUUCCUCAUCCAGACCACGAGGGUCCUCUUCCCUUUCCUUUUUACCCCCUGCCCCCAACCCCUUCUUUCCAAAUGCGCCACAUCACCUGUGCCCUUUUCUUCCUAGAAGCGGUAGAGAACCUGGAUUAUCCAGUCUGCCCUCUUCCCCCCAGGCUGGAUCCUGCAGCAUCGGCGAAAUUUUGCUUACCCUCCAGUUUUCCCUCGGGAAUUAUUUUCUUUUUAAGCCUUUUGUCCUUGUUUGAGGGCAAGCCCAGAGAUGUUUUAACGGUUACAUUCUUGAGCAAGGAGAGCUGUGGCCCGAUUGCACUGGUCCGAAGGCUGCAGGUCAAGUUACUCCUGGCUCCUAGAAUUGGUUGAGUUCGAGUAGUGGCGAGGCUGUGGGCUGCCCCUGGCCAGCAUGAAAGUGCCUAGUAAUGCCGGCUCACUGUUAGAAGAUGCUUAAUUUUAUGGAUCGCAGAUUUCCAAGAUGUCCUGAGAGAGCCCUUGAUUGCAUUAGAGAAGUUGCGGGAACUCAGUUUUAGUGGCAUCCCCUGUGAGGGCGGACUUCGGUGCCUCUGCUGGAAGAUCCUCUUGAACUACCUCCCCUCGGAGAGAGCCUCAUGGACAACCGUCCUGGCUAAACAGAGGGAGGUCUAUGCCCAGUUCCUGAGGGAAAUGAUCAUCCAGCCUGGCAUCGCCAAGGCCAACAUGGGAGCAUCCAGGGAGGAUGUGACCUUCGAGGACCACCCCCUCAACCCCAACCCUGACAGCCGGUGGAACACGUACUUCAAGGACAAUGAGGUGCUGCUGCAGAUCGACAAAGACGUCCGGAGGUUGUGCCCAGACAUAUCCUUCUUCCAGAGGGCCACCGAGUACCCCUGCCUCCUCAUCCUGGACCCCCAGAAUGAGUUCGAGACCCUUCGCAAGCGAGUGGAGCAGACGACUCUGAAAUCCCAGACAGUGGCCCGGAACCGGAGUGGGGUCACAAAUAUGAGCUCCCCGCACAAGAAUGCCGCACUGCCAGCCCUGAACAAGUACGAGGUGCUGCCCAACGGCUGCGAGGCGCACUGGGAGGUGGUGGAGCGGAUCCUGUUCAUCUACGCGAAGCUCAACCCAGGGAUCGCUUACGUGCAGGGCAUGAAUGAGAUCGUGGGGCCGCUCUACUACACGUUCGCCACCGACCCCAACAGCGAAUGGAAAGAGCACGCCGAGGCAGACACCUUCUUCUGCUUCACCAACCUCAUGGCCGAGAUCCGGGACAACUUCAUCAAGAGCCUGGACGACUCGCAGUGUGGCAUCACCUACAAGAUGGAGAAAGUGUACUCCACCCUGAAGGAGAAGGAUGUAGAGCUCUACCUGAAACUGCAAGAGCAGAACAUCAAGCCCCAGUUCUUUGCCUUCCGCUGGCUCACACUGCUGCUGUCCCAGGAGUUCUUGCUGCCGGACGUCAUCCGCAUCUGGGACUCACUCUUCGCCGAUGACAGCCGCUUUGACUUCCUCCUCCUCGUCUGCUGUGCCAUGCUCGUCCUGAUCCGGGAGCAGUUGCUGGAAGGGGACUUCACUGUCAACAUGCGGCUCCUGCAGGAUUACCCCAUCACAGACGUCUGCCAGAUCCUGCAGAAGGCCAAGGAACUCCAGGACUCCAAGUAGCCUGGUGGCGAGAGGCGGGUUUGGGAGAGCAGCCGCUGCCCCGUGUGCUGGAGUCUGGGAAGCUGCUGGGGUCGCUGGCCCACAGGGCUGCUGCAGGUGCAGAGUCUGCCUGGCUUCUGCCCCCAGGCUGCGCCCUCCAGGGCGCACUGCUCCGUCUCCUUCAGCCACCAAGCCCUGGUGUCCCCCCUGCUCUCGGCUCUGGGACCCUCUGCCUGGCUGUGGAGCAGGGUCAGGGGCCGCUCCCGGCAGAGGGAGGCUGGCAGGGUCCCCUCCCUGCCUCUGCUCUGCCACCUUCCUCAUCUCUCCCUGCUUCCGGGCUUCUCCUGGGUGCUGGUCAGGGGGUGCUUGGCAAAUGGGCCGGAAACCAGUUCUGGGGCUUGGUGCUCAGGCUUCUCCAUGGGGAGUGACACCAAAGGAGCUAAGUGACUUCCAGGCCCAGGUCCCACCCUGUCUCCACCGAGUGUGUGUGUUGCUGGGGAGUGUGUACAGGUCUAUCCCCGGUGUGUCCGAGUGCGCUCGGGUGGGUCAGGGUGUCUUGGGUCCCUCUAGGGUCCGGCUUCCCCUUCUCUGUCUCUACCUCUGCCUCCCUGCACCUCUUUGCUGGGGUGCUGGGACUCCUCCUCCACUGGUCCCCCUCUGCCUUUCUGUCUCGGGGUGCCUUAUCUGGAGCCUCUUCCUGCCUCCCCUCCUCCACUCCCAGGAAGCCCAGAGGCAGAAUGAGGGCUGUGGCUCAGCAAGGCCCCCCAGAGGUCAGCUUGGCCUCCACAUUCCUGUUCCAGCCCUGCCCAAGGCACCAGGCUGGCUGCCUGGGAAGGACUUCUAGUGCCUCUCCUGCCACGAGAUCUGGAAACCCACAACUGCUGAGGGUGGUGGCCCAUGAAGCUGUGCACCUCCCGCCUGUGUCCUCCCUGGGAUGGGAGAGGAAGAAGGUGGAGAGUGGAUCGUCCAGAGGCUCCCUCAGAGCCCUCCUGUCUCGAAGGAAAGGACCUGAUGGCAUCAGGUGCCGCCAAGAGUUGUCGUCCACCUGGGUUCUAGGUCCCAGCCCACUUGUACGAGUUCCUCACAGGGCAGCUGGGGACCCAGGAAGUCUCUUGGCCCGGUGGAGCGGAGCUUGUGGCCUGCACCUUGGAUCCAGGAGAGCCCAUCAGGGCCUUGGUGUGCCCUGUGCCCCACAGGGCAGCCACAGGUGCAGGAGCCGCCUGUGACAGGGCAGGUGGCUCAGGUCUGGAGGGCAGGGUACUGAGCCUGGCGCCAGACGGGUCGUCAGGAGCCUGCCCUGCAGCGCUGUUACCCUGGAGCCACCUGGGCCAGGCUCUCCUCGGAUGGCCAGGACUCUGCCCUUGCCUUCUCGCCGCUUCUCUCCCAGCACAGGACUCGGGAGGUUUUUACUAUUUAUUCAGACUCCUGCCUAUUUAUUGCAGACUGGCAAGUGCUUUGAGGAUGGGGAAGUGGUGGGGAAGGAAGAGAGGAGUUACAGGCACGGUCUCCUCUUUCCCCAAGGUCAGUGUGGACAUCUCCCUUCCCCUGCCUCGGGGCCUCCUGGAUCCCAGCAGGUCCUGGCCAUGAGCUGUGCUGGAGCUAGUGUGAGGGGACCAGAGAGCUUGUACCCUGGCCGGACCCAGAUUGGGGGCGGCGCGGACAGUCCUGCCAGGUGGCCCCUCUCCCACAGCUUAUCAGCUGGUGGCUCGAGCCCAGCUUUGACCUCCACAGCCCACGGUGUGGGCCACCUGACCCAGCACACACUGCCCGGGACACUGAUCCAUUCCCUCUGGCCUGCCCCUGGCUUCCUUCCUGGGACCGUGCUACUAGAAUCACAGCAUCAGUUUGCUCCAGUGGGAGAGCCGAGACCAGUGCGCCAUCCCAGGGCCUCUGCACUGGGGGAGCUGCUCCUCUUCGGGACACUGCCUGGGCCAGGGACCUGGCCUGGCUGAUUCUGCCUAGGACUCGGGGUCUGCAGAGUCACAGUGCCUGAGACUUCUGAGGGAUGCUGCCCCCCACAGGCAGGCUGGGCCGUGUGGAGCCGCAGGCCUCAGUCCAGAGGGUCAGUGCCAGUCCUCUGUUGUUCCUCGUCUGUUGUUUUCUCAGAAUCAGUGCUGUCGAUGAUGAGUUGUCAUUAAUAAAUCCUGUGUUCUUUGCA